GUUCCGAUCUGGCUUAUUUGUAAUCAUUAGACGCGUGGAACGGGGAGAAGCUUAAAUCUUAAAAAGAUGUUGGGCUAUCCCGCCCCGUCCCAUGAUUCCCUCCAUCCGGUCUCCGUCCGCCGUGCUCUGUGAUUGACUUACCUCCAGUCCAAAACCUUCGAGAUGCUCAGCAAGACUAUUGUCGCAGCCCUUCUGGGCUUCGUGUCUCUGACCAAUGCUGUAAAGAAGUGCCCCGUUGCCGACGUUUCCGCCAUUGCCCACACUGGCACCCCAAUUGGCGAGGAGGUCAAGUACAACGGGCUGACCCAAUAUGUCACCAAGCCAAGCACGCGUGGUAACAGGACUGUUGGAGUCCUUUACCUAACCGACGUUUUCGGAAUCCAGCUCGCGCAAAACAAGCUCCUGUCUGACAGCUUUGCUCGCGCCGGUUACAUCUCCGUCGCGCCGGACCUGUUCAACGGCAGCCCCGCCCCGAACGACAUCAACAUCCCCGGCUUCAACACGACGGCAUUCCUUGCGCAGCACGGACCCAACGUCACCGACCCGAUCAUCGCCAAUUCCAUCAAGUACCUGCGCGAGGAACUCGGCGUGAGCAAGGUCGCCGUCACGGGAUACUGCUUCGGAGGCCGCUACUCUUUCCGCGUCCUCGCCGAGGGCAAAGGCGCUGAUGUCGGCUUCGCCGCGCACCCGAGUCUUCUUACCGAUGAGGAGAUUACGGCCAUCACUGGUCCCGCGAGUGUCGCUGCCGCCGAAACUGAUAACCUCAUGUCACCCGCUCGUCGUGCCGAGGUCGAGGCCCUCCUCAGCGAGACUGGCCAGCCCUUCUCCCUCGCUGUGUAUGGUGGUACCUCGCAUGGAUUCGGCGUUCGCGCCAAUAUUUCGGACCCUAGACAGAAGUUCGGCAAGGAGGAGGCCUUCUUCCAGGCUGUUCGCUUCUUUGACACCUGGGCUUGAUCGAGCCUACAAUUCUUGUACAUAUUUGAAAAAGUUUGCUGUCCAAUCAUGAUCUCGACUGUACUGAUUGCUUUCAACAAUUGAAGUCCAAUAGUCAUCUGCGCUUCGAAGGCUUUGUUAAGUUGCCUAGAUGGUGAGGUGUUUAUCCGUUUUCGUCUAUUCGUCUGGAAUGCUCGCGAUUCGUACUAUGAGGUUGAUCGUUCGUCUCCUCGUCUGUACCUAUACCGGGAGGUAAAAUCGAUAUGUUAGCGGUGCUAAUGAGGUUACGAGAGAGAGAGAGCUGAAUCGGAUGCGCUCCGAGAAAUGCCGAGAGCCUUGCCAGGAAAUGUCAUUGAAUGUGAGAGCAAACAGCUCAUCAGCACCAUGGCCGCGCUCGCUGUAAGCAGCAGGCCUCGUACAAUUCUUCUGCCCAAGGAGAUGUAUAGAUGAGCACGAAAAUUCCGAGAACAACUUGGUAAGUUUGCCAUCGUGAGGAUUCAUCGGCAUGACCGCAGAAUCGGAGAAACUAAGAAUUGUUAAUUUGGCCAGUCAGGGGAGAUGCACCUCGCUUUCCAUAGCUGUAGUUCCACGCGCUGGACGCGUCUAGACCUCAUCCUCAUCCGACAAUUGCCGUCCGUGGCGUCAACUAGCAUCGUUAAGCUUUUUGUCCCUUCAGACGUCAUGGUCAUCAUGUGGCUUCUUUUCCAGCGAAAAGCCAGGAUCCAAUGUCAUCGGGGACCCCUAGCUGCAGCCUGCCGACAAAUUCUCCGGGGACAACUGGCUACAACGGUAGUAACGAGCCUUAGCAGCGCGUCAAGAAGUCUUAAAAAUUGACGGCAGAGUCAUAAUCAGCCUUACCAUUCCCACUAUCCGCUAGGUAUUAUCCCUAGAAAAGCACAGCUAGGUCGGAUCACUUAAGCUUCCAGGACGAUCGCACAUUCGCAACACCCCCACUAGUCGUAGCACCAGACCAGGCGCACCCACCUACCUCGGUUUCGGUUUCGGGGUUUUAGGUACAACCCGUCUGUUCCUGUUUUGAUCGUUUCAGAUCGCUCACACUCUGACUCUACAGCUCAUUUGUAUUCCUAGUAGCUUCUGUACGAAGUAGUUGAAUAUGCCUUACCUUCAAUGCUAAUGACCAAUAUCCUAAGUAGGUAGGUCGAACGAGUUGCAGUCG